GUGUACCGAGUCAAAGACGUUGUCGAGGUCGAAUGUUGCCAGAUUUAAAGUUAAUCUUUAGGACGUAUCCAUGUUUGCGGAUCAGCAGCUUGGAUCUGCCCUCGAUUGACUGCACGGGAGCGACGCGCACGGUGCGCAACCGUUGCGCGCACGUUGGGGGCCCUUCUCCCGCCGUCGUCCACGCGGGAAGUUUGCGCGCGUUGAGAGAGUAACCGCGGGGACCCGGGAAUGACGGUCGGGAAUGAUGGGCGCUGAGCUCGGUUCGCACGAUAUGGAUUUUCGAAAUAUGGAAACGCCGGAGUUUUGCUUGAGUUGAAAACUAUUCCAGCGGAUUGAUUUUAUUAUCUAUUUUAUUUUAUUCUCCUGAUCACAAUGUGUGAGGAACGGUGUGGCUUGGACGGCGUUAUGUUACGUUCUCCCAUGGAUACCAGCAGGAUACUGGAGAUGAACGACUCAGAAUGAAUUAAGACGGAAACAGAAGAAUAUCCAUGUUAAAGUGGAGGCCGGAGCGAGUACCAUGGAGAAAAGGAAGGGAGUUUUGUUUUCGCUGCUUUGUUUGGCUGCAGAGUUCUGGCUCAGUUCGCAGCAGGUCCUGAGAAUCGGGGGCAUCUUUGAGACCCUGGAGAAUGAUCCCAUCAGUGUCGAGGAGUUGGCCUUCAAGUUUGCGGUGACCAGCAUCAACAGGAACCGCACGCUGAUGCCCAACACCACGCUGACCUACGACAUCCAGAGAAUAAACCUCUUCGACAGCUUCGAGGCCUCCCGGAGAGCCUGUGACCAGCUGGCCCUGGGCGUGGGGGCCGUGUUCGGCCCCUCACACAGCUCUUCGGUCAGCGCGGUGCAGUCCAUCUGCAACGCCCUGGAGGUGCCCCACAUCCAGACGCGCUGGAAGCACCCGUCGGUGGACAACAGAGACAGCUUCUUCAUCAACCUGUUCCCAGAGUACACCUCCAUCAGCCGCGCGGUCCUCGACAUCGUCCAGUACUACAAGUGGAAGGCCGUCACCGUGGUGUACGAGGACGCCACCGGUCUGAUUCGGUUGCAAGAGUUGAUCAAAGCUCCGUCGAGAUACAGCAUCAAGAUUAAGAUCCGUCAACUCCCCCAGGGCAGUAAGGACGCCCGGCCACUGCUCAAGGAGAUGAAGAAGGGGAAGGAGUUCUACGUCAUCUUCGACUGCUCCUACCAAACCUCCGCCGAUGUCCUUAAACAGAUCCUGUCCAUGGGUAUGAUGACAGAAUACUACCACUUCUUUUUCACCACUUUGGACCUGUUCUCCCUGGACCUGGAGCCGUACCGCUACAGCGGCGUCAACAUGACGGGCUUCCGUCUGCUGAACAUCGACAGCCCGGCGGUGGGGUCGGUGGUGGAGCGCUGGGCCAUGGAGCGGCUGCAGGCCCCCGCCAAGGUGGAGAGCGGCAUGAUGGAGGGCAUGAUGACGACGGAGGCGGCUCUGAUGUACGACGCGGUGUACAUGGUGGCGGCGGCGUCCCAGCGGGCGUCCCAGCUCACCGUCAGCUCGCUGCAGUGCCACCGCCACAAGCCCUGGCGCUUCGGAUCGCGCUUCAUCAACCUGCUGAAGGAGGUGCAGUGGAACGGCCUGACGGGACAGAUAAUGAUCAACAAAACGGACGGCCUCCGCAAGGAGUUUGAUCUGGACGUCAUCAGCCUGAAGGAGGACGGCAUGGAGAAGACAAUUGCGGGCAACAGCCACCUGAAUAAAGUGUGGAAAAAGAUCGGAGUAUGGAACUCUGGAACGGGGCUUAAUUUGACGGACAGCAACAAAGACUCUUCCACCAACGUGACGGACUCCAUGGCCAACCGGACCCUGAUAGUGACCACCAUUCUGGAGAACCCGUACGUGAUGCACAAGAAGUCGGACAAGCCGCUGUACGGGAACGACCGCUUCGAGGGCUACUGCCUCGACCUGCUCAAGGAGCUGUCCAACAUCCUGGGCUUCGCCUACGAGGUCAAACUGGUGACGGACGGGAAGUACGGCGCCCAGAACGACAAGGGCGAGUGGAACGGCAUGGUGCGCGAGCUCAUCGACCACGUGGCGGACCUGGCUGUGGCCCCCCUGACCAUCACCUACGUGCGGGAGAAGGUGAUCGACUUCUCCAAGCCCUUCAUGACGCUGGGCAUCAGCAUCCUCUACCAUAAGCCCAACGGCACCAACCCGGGCGUGUUCUCCUUCCUCAACCCCCUGUCCCCGGACAUCUGGAUGUAUGUGCUGCUGGCGUGUCUGGGGGUCAGCUGUGUGCUCUUUGUCAUCGCCAGGUUCACCCCCUAUGAGUGGUACAACCCCCACCCCUGUAACCCCGACUCCGAUGUGGUGGAGAACAACUUCACGCUCAUCAACAGCGUGUGGUUCGGCGUCGGCGCUCUGAUGCAGCAAGGUUCGGAGCUCAUGCCCAAGGCCCUGUCCACGCGUAUUGUGGGGGGCAUCUGGUGGUUCUUCACCCUCAUCAUCAUCUCCUCCUACACUGCCAACCUGGCCGCCUUCCUCACCGUGGAGAGGAUGGACUCGCCCAUCGACUCGGCCGACGACCUGGCCAAGCAGACCAAGAUCGAGUACGGCGCCGUCCGGGACGGCUCCACCAUGACCUUCUUCAAGAAAUCCAAGAUCUCGACCUACGAGAAGAUGUGGGCGUUCAUGAGCAGCAGGAAGAACACGGCGCUGGUAAAGAACAACCGCGAGGGGAUCCAGCGCGUGCUCACCACAGACUAUGCCCUCCUCAUGGAGUCCACGAGCAUCGAGUACAUCAGCCAGAGGAACUGCAACCUCACGCAGAUCGGAGGUCUCAUCGACUCCAAGGGCUACGGAGUCGGGACCCCCAUCGGGUCUCCCUACCGAGACAAAGUUACCAUAGCGAUCCUCCAGCUGCAGGAGGAGGGGAAGCUGCACAUGAUGAAGGAGAAGUGGUGGCGAGGGAACGGCUGUCCGGAGGAGGACAGCAAGGAGGCGAGCGCCUUGGGCGUGGAGAACAUCGGGGGCAUCUUCAUCGUGCUCGCAGCCGGCCUUGUGCUCUCGGUGUUCGUGGCCAUCGGGGAGUUCAUCUACAAGUCCCGCAAGAACCUAGACAUCGAGGAGGUGAGCGUGGGACAGUGCGAGUGGCACAACAAGUACUAGGCAGGCUCCUCGCGCUCUCCGCCUCCUCCUCCGUCGACACUUUCAGACGGAGGAUCAAACACGCGGGCGCGGCGGUCCCACGAGGGCGUCGUGGACGUCUUCAUCGCGCUCGGUCGGCGGUUCGGAUUCGGAGGAGGAGGAACUCCCCGGAGCCAUGCCGAGGGAACGGGUCGCAGCCCCGACAGAGAGGGAAUUACAGUUUGAAUGUUGAAGAACUGCAGUGUUACAAUCAGAAAAAUAACUAUGGUAGACUAGUGGUUUUAAAAGUAGUUUUGUUGUAGAGCACAUGGACUUUAUAUUCUUAAUUGGAAACUGUUCAUUCCCCUAUUUAUGACCGCAGAUGGUUUGUGACUGACGGGUGCUCCGUCUGGAUUUUUCGUUCUAUUCUUUUUUUUACGUUUUGUGUGGAGUAUACGCCUGAGUGAAUACUGUAGGAAAGUGUUGUCAAUACACUGGACUGUGUCUCAGCUCUGAAAAAAACGGUCUAAACAUCAAAACAUCAUUAUUUCCCUGGGUUUGACUGACAGCGGUAUUAUAUCAAUUGUUAUUUCAUUGUUUGUUUAGAAAACAUCAGAUAUCAGAAUGUUAUUUUUCAAUUUUCUUCUGAAAAGAAAUUUGUCAAGAUUUUUGUUUAAAGAUCUCUUAAUGUCAAUCUUUUUUCUUUUUGUAUUCUUGACGUAUAUGAAGAUGCAUGUAUAUGUUCUUGUCAUGUUGGCAUUGUUUCAAAACGACUAAAGUUAUGCAACAAACUUA